AUUCGAGUUUUGUACUUUCUUUGUCACUAGGGUUUGCGUGUCGCGAGCUCGCGAUUCUUCCAGCUCGCAGGGAGGGCGUGGCGCGCGCCUGUGAUGAAAUUGCGACGGGUAUGGUAGCAGGGAUUACUGGCGAUUUGGCGCGCAUUUGAGUGUCUGGCUUGGCGCAAGAUGUUUGGGGUGGUUUUCCCGAAUCGCAGCUUCCCGAUGGACGCCGCGAGCUUCCAGCAGAUCGACAUUGCGCACUGGGUGCUCGACAUGAGCGUUUUCCUGGGAGAAGGCUACGAGGAAGUGAAAGAAAUGUGUAUCUUCCUUCUCAACGAGCUCUCGCUCCCUCCGGAGAAAGCUCUCGCGGUUUACGUCCAGUCCCCGGGAUCGCAGUUCCAGUACUGUGGAGCCGUCCACAAGGCUUGUCCCUCGGCAGUGGUGACGCUGCUGUGGCCAAAGCCCGGCGGCCAGAUGCAAAUCAUGGCCUCCGAGACGCAGCCACUCACUGCCAAGAUCGGCCUCGCGGUGGAGGACCUCGUCUCGCUCCCGGCUCUCAACGUUGGCAACUACAAGAAGGUGGAGGAUCUGGCGCUCAAGGUUGGCGAGAAUCUCUUCAACUUCAUGCAGUCGUUUUGCAGCCAGGAGAAUGGGAGGAUGGUUGUCCCGCUCGACAUCCUGGAGAAAUGGUUCAAGAAGUUUCAAGACAAGGCAAAGAAGGAUCCAGAGUACCUCAAGCGAUUUACCACCUCGUCGUAGCUCCCGGAAAGUUUUGCUGUAAAGAGAUCUCUAGGAUGAAUACAGUGCAUAGCCUCUCUUCUAGCCGGC